AUGACCAUGACCGACACUUUGUCAUCUUCUCCGUCUUCUUCUGCUCCUAAUGACGAGAUUGAUCCCUCCCAAGUCAUUGAACGUUUACCAAAACCAGAUAAAAUCGCCUAUGAAACAAACGUUUCUAUCCUCGAGUCUACAAUUAAGAAAUUACAAGCUCGUUCAAAUGUCAUUCGUAUGGAAUUAGAGGCAAUGAAAAUGAAUCGUACAUUAGGAAGAUUUGGGCAUCAAAUUCAACAGGCAAAGGCGAAAUUUACAUCCUUACGCAAUGAAAAGGAGCUCUUGAUUCUACAACGUAAUCAAUUGACAGCACGUUUACGUCAAGGACGGGAUGAAAAGGAUUUAAUCUUGAAACAACAACGUCAUGUACGGAUGAAUUUUAAAUUCAAGUCCCAGGAAGAAUUUGAACACGCUAUUGCGGCGUUGAAACACAAGCAAGAGACGUGUUCCAUGUCACUUAGUGAAGAGAAACGUGUGAUUAAAGAGAUUGAGCAACUACAGGCUCAAAAAGUACUGGUCAAGGGCUUCUCAAGUGAUCAAACGCUUGUGGAGCAACAGAAUGAAACGUUGAAACAAGUUCGUGCACUUCAAUUGGAAAAGAAUCAAGAAAUUGAUGUCGUGCAAGAGAAAUUGAACCAACAGAAGGACAUUCUGGAUGAAUUUUAUCGUUUGAAUGAGGAAGAGAAUAAGAAGGAUCAAUUCCCAAUACUUGCUAAAGAACGGAAAGACAUUAAGGAACAACUGGAUGAGAAAUUCACGGCCUUGAAAGCACUACGAAAGGAGUUUAAGGAGGCGAAUGACAAGUAUUACAAUAAUAUUCGUCUUGUGCGCAGAAAGAAGGAGCUUGAACGUCAAAAGGAGGAAGAAAAUCGCAAGGCCGAGUACGAAGCGAAACUUGCCGACUAUGAAAAGGAAAUGGCCAAGAUUCACCCGUAUCAACACGAGAUGGACCUUUGCGAUGCUCUUGUGACGUUUUUGGAAACAAACUAUGCCAAGGAGCUAAAGGAAGGUGAUUGCAAGGUUACUGAAACUUCUUCUGUUACUGUUGAGCUUGAUGGAAUGAAACCUCUAAAGCGCGAGGAAGAGGAUUUUAUAGUGCUUGGUGGCGGCAAGAAGGAAAAGAAGGGUCGUCAAAGCAAGAAGUCCAAGAAGCCUACGAAGCUUGUCUUGCCGCUCGCGCAGCUGGAGGCUUUUAGCACUGUUGGUCUGCUGCCGCCAGCUGCUGUGGAUGCCGUCCCAGAGUCGAUGGCUGCCGUGAAGGCCAAGAAGGUUUGGUUUAGCGAGCAGACGUCGCGUCUGACUGCAGAGACGCCUGCAGAGGCUGUCGUUGAGUCUGCUGUUCCAGUCAAGGUUGCGUCGUCUAAGAAGAUGAGCAGCAAUAAUAAGAAGUUUAAUGCGAGUGACAAGGAUGCCUUUCCGUCGCUUGGUGGUCUCACUGCCGAGCUACCAUCGUGGGGCCCAGGCAUUGCACCUCCUGUUGCUGAUGAGCUUGCUGUGGUGGAUGAGGUUGCUGAUGCCGAUGCUGAUGUCGUGACGGAGGACGAAUAA